ACCUUGGCGAUGCUCCCGUCGUGGUAGUAAGAGACGUGGAUAUGAUUGACAGGAUAUUCGUGAAGGAUUUGAAGAACUUUACUGCCAGAGGACACAUGACGCACGUCCACGAGCUACAGCCUCUCUUCGUCCGCAACAUGCUCUUCACCAAGGGCAACGUCUGGAAGGACGUGCGACACACGAUGGCACAGUUCUUCACCCCGUCGAAGCUGAAAUCGGUGAUGCCCUCUAUGAUGGAUGCCCUCAAGCGAUUCAUCGAGAUUCUCGAUGAGUUUGCCGAGCGCGGCGAUGAAGUCGACAUCAACGCACUCUGCGAGCGCUUGACGUUCGACGUCGUCUCAAAGGCAGCGUUCGGGAUCGACACCAACGUGCAACGUAACCCGCAGCACCCGCUCUUUCAGGGUGCCCUGGUAACCGUUCCGACUUACAUGGCGGGAUUCUUCUACAACUUAGCCCAAAUUCUAUCUCAUUGGCCGUGGAUAUUUAAGGCAUUCUCUCGGGUGAUCGAUAUGUUCUACGUGAACCCUAUUGUUGCGUUAACCAAGAAGGCAAUUGACGUCAUCGAAUUCCGACGCCAAAACCCACAGCUAGUUCUUCCCGACAUGGCUCAAAUUCUCCUGGACGAUGCGACUGGACGAAAGAGCGAGCCACUGAAGGACAACAACGACGCUGCAAGGCCUCCCGUUUCGCUUCCUAUGGAGACGAUGAGAGAUAUAGCCACAAACUGCAUGGUAAUCUUUCUUGGAGGGUACGAUACGACGAGAUUGGCAUUAACCUAUUGGUCUUACAUCAUGGGGAAGCAUCCAGAUAUUCAGGAGAAAAUGAGGGCAGAGGUCUUGGAAGCGUUUCAAAAAGAAGGCGAAGAACUGUCGACGCAGACCCUUUUAAACCUUUCCUACACAAACCAGGUCAUAUCUGAGACUCUGCGAAUGUAUCCACCACUUAUCGGGCUUAUUACGCGAGGAUCUGACGAGGACUUCCAAUGCGGCAGCUACCUUAUCAAAAAAGGCAUGACCCUUCUCACGCCCACAUACCACCUGCACCAUGACCCGCUGUACUGGCCCGAUCCCGAAAAGUUUGACCCCGAAAGGUUCAGCCCACAAAACAAGCACCUCGUCAACCCCAUCACCUAACAGCCCUACGGCCUUGGAAUACGCAAGUGUCUAGGCCAGCGCUUUGCGGUACUCGAACUGGUUUCGGUCACUGCGCAUGUCUUGCGCUAUUUUCGCCUCACUCUGGGGCCCAGU